UCGUCGACGACAACGAGUCGUGAUCGUGAUAUUCGACCGGGCGCCCGGCACCAAACUCCGAUCAUGGCGGCGGCGCUCUGCUUUGCUUCCCUCACCCGCGUUCGUCCCUUCGCUGCUGUGCUACUGCUGAUGCUACUGCAACAAGCUCGUUUCCGGGCGUUGGCCGUGGCGCGGACCAACCUGACAGCGGGGGCCACCUUGACGCCGGCCGACUACAUCAGCAGCCCCUCCGGCACCUUCAGCUUUGGCUUCCUCGCCCUCGACUCCGACCCGACCAAGUUCCUCCUCGCCACGUGGUUUCACUUCGCCGACGGCAACGCCUCCUCCCAAUUCCAGCCACAGCCGCAGCCGCAGUCCGUGGUGUGGUUUGCCAAACAGUCGCCCUCCGGGAGCACGUCCAACGCCACCGCGCAGUCGGUUCUGAGCAUCACGUCCGACGGGCAGCUCAUGCUCACCGACGGCCAGCAGGUGCUGUGGACGCCUACCACAGAUCGUGGAUCCGUGCUCGCGCUCCUCGACUACGGCAACCUCCAGUUCCUGAGCGACUCCGGCAACCAGGUGCUGUGGGAGAGCUUCUCGUACCCGACGGACACGCUCCUGCCGGGCCAGUCCCUGUCCUACGAGCCAACCGGGUCGGAAGGGAAGCUCUUCGCCAGGCGCGCGGACGCGGAGUUCACCACCGGCCGGUUCAGCAUGGGCGUCCAGAGCGACGGCAACGUCGUCCUCUACGUCGAUCUCCUCGAGGGCAACGACCCCGAAAACGCCUACUGGCAGGCGUACACCAACAGCCCCGACGGCAACACGACGGUCACCUUCGAUGGCCAGGGCCGCCUCAACUACACCCUCCACAACGGCACGGUUAACAGCUUGGUUAAACCGGCGGCGAGCUUCGCCGCCGGCGAGUACUUGAAGUUCGCCCGGAUGGACCCUGACGGCAUCGUCCGUACCUACGUCAGCCCCAAGAACGGCGGCACCGGCAACGCGUCUUGGACCGUGUCCGGCGCGUUCCCCGACUACGGCUGCGUCAAGAGGACCUCCGGGUUGCAGGACAUGUGCGGGCCGGGGUCGUACUGCGUGUCUGCGCCGACGCCGAGCUCAAGGGACAGGCUCGAGUGCACGUGCCCGAGUGGGUACAAGUACACCGACGAGCAGCAUAGGGACAGCGGCUGCACGCCGGGGUUCGAGCCACAGAGCUGCGACGGCGAGAACGGCGGCUCCGACGAGUUCACCCUUGUGGAGCUGCUCAACACCACCUGGGAGACCUCGAUAUACUACAAGAAGCUGUCGUCGGUCACGGAGCAGCAGUGCCGGGACAGCUGCCUCGGCGACUGCUUCUGCGCGGCCGCACUGAUGAUCGGCGGAUCCAAGUGCGCGGAGAUGGCGGCGCUCACCAACGGUUGGCAGGCAAACGGUGCCACGAGUCUCACGACCAAGGCGUUCAUCAAGGUGCGGACAAGGAAUCCUCCGGCGGCCGCGCCUGCAAGGAAUAGAAACGCGUUGGCCUACAAGGUUGCCGCCAUCUGCUUGGCCGUCGUUUUGUUGGUCACCGUCGGCGUUCUCGUGGCACUGCAUUGCCAUCGCAGGAGGAACAGAGAGAGCCAGCGGCCGUUCAGCUCGAGCGUGAGGGCGUUCAGCUGCAAGGAGCUACACCAGGCCACCAACGGCUUCGAGAAACUGCUGGGCAAAGGGAGCUUCGGCGAGGUGUACAGAGGGACGAUGAGGUCGCCGCACCCGCAUCUCAUCGCGGUGAAGAAGCUCAUCACCUCGAACGAGUACAGCGAGCAGGAGUUCACCAACGAGGUGCAGUCCAUCGGGCAGAUCCACCACCGGAACUUGGUCCGCAUGAUCGGCUACUGCAAGGAAGGCAAGCACCGGAUGCUCGUGUUCGAGUUCAUGCCGGGAGGGUCGCUCCGCGGCUUCCUCUUCGACCCGGAGAAGCGGCCUCCGUGGCGCUGGCGCGCCGAGGCCGCGAUCGCCAUCGCCCGAGGGCUCGAGUACCUCCACUACGGCUGCAGCGCCCCGAUCAUCCACUGCGACAUCAAGCCCGACAACAUCCUGCUGGACGACCGUGGCGUCCCGCGGAUCACCGACUUCGGGAUCUCCAAGCUGCUGGGGAGCCAGCAGGUGCACGCUACGGUGACCCACGUCAGGGGCACCAGAGGGUACAUCGCGCCCGAGUGGCUCCGCGGCGACGCGCGCGUGGACACCAAGGCGGACGUCUACAGCUUCGGCGUCGUGCUGCUGGAGAUGAUUUGCUGCCGGAGGUGCCAGGAGCCGGUGGCGCUUGGUCUGCCGCAUGGUGCGGAGGACGACGAGACACAGACAGUCACCUUGUUCGGUUGGGCAGCGCAGCUCGUGGGCGCGCGGAGGACGGAGCUGACGCUGCACGGCGACGACGCUGACGUCGACAGCGCGGACGACAUGGAGAGGGUGGACCGGUUCGCGCGCGUGGCGCUCUGGUGCAUCGAGCCGAACCCGCUGCUGCGACCCACCACGCACCAGGUGGUGCAGAUGCUCGAGACCAGUGAUUGGGCUCAGGUUCAGACACUACGUAUACCUGACCCUCCAGAAUGUUACAUGGAAUCCUCGCCUUUAAUUCCACAGCUCAAAGACUGAACAAUUUGAAUUAAAUUAAACUGUUCCGAGUCAAUUUUUUUAAGUAUGGCAUCAAGCAAUAGCUAAUGUAGUAAAAUUAUUUCUCAUGCAUGUAUAUGCACUGCACUUGAUCUACCUUACUGUUGGGGCACUUUUCGACGAAGUAA